AUGUCGACUUCGACGGAUCCACCACCGCCAUCUGAUCUCCCGCCACCUGACUAUGCGCCCUCGCAGCCUCAGAUACUCAUCGCUCCUUUACCUGAUACAGCCAGCUUCUUCUGGGGAAGAACAGUACAAGGUGAAGUGUACGUUAAAGGUUUAGGGGAAGGUAGAGGCAACAGAAUUGGAAUUGUCAAGACUUUAUCCAUACAAUUGUCACUCACAAAUCAUCUUCCUCAUCAUCCAACUCUAACUCUUCAUGAAUUUCCCAAUCAAAUCCAAUAUCCACCAAUUCCUUCCUCCAAUGUAUCGUCCUCUACACCUUCCGAGAUCAACAUCCCAUUCCCAACUUCCCAUCGAUUUUCGAUACCUCUUCCAUCAAAGUUAGAUACUUCCGACUCUAAUUCUCAAUCACCACUACCUGGUACUUUGAACCUGUCAUCAUAUGAUAAAGGUGAAAUACGAUAUGCAUUAACUGUUCAACUGGCUCUUCCGGAUGGACAAGUCAUCAAUGAGGAAAUCAAGAUUGAAGGUACACCGCAACGAACUGAGAUUUACGCAUCAGAAGAGAACAAUGAUGGAGCUGCAGAAGUGAAAGAAGUGGAAGAGAAGUUAGAGAAAGAUGGUGUUUUGGCUAGAUUAUUGAUUGAUCAAGAUCAACCACGUCUGGGUGAACUGUUGAGAUUAGGAGUAGAGAUCAGACCAGUCGAAAGAAAGAAGACUGGUGUUAUAGGUUUAUCAAGUCAACCUAAUCCAAUUGAUACUUUGCGUCCAUUGCGAAGAGUUAGAGUUGAAUUGUUUAGGAAAGUCAUCAUCAAUCCAAAUCAAAAUCAACAUUCAUCCUCUUCUUCGUCAACUUCAAAUCAAGCUUCUUCUUCCACUAUCACGAGUACAUCAAGACAGAAUGGUAGUGAUAACAGACAGGAACAUUUGACUCUACUCCAUGCGUCUGGGAAAUCACUUCGAUAUCCUGGAUCAGGAAGGAAAUAUCCACCUUUAAGAGUUUUGUUUACGAUACCAACACUUCAAGUGGGUGUUGUAGCUGAACAGAUUUGGGGCGAGAUCACUUCAUCAGUCCCGUAUCAUAUCACAAGCUUUUUCAUAAGAGUAACUAUCGGUUUCGGAGAUGUCUCAGCAAGUAAAGAUUGGAAUUUAACUAAAUCACUUGUUAUCAGACCCAAGAAAUGGAGAGAACCCAGGGAGAUCGUCAUUGACAGAGGAAUGGAACCUUACUUGGGAACAGAUGGGGUCUCUUCUCCCAAUAUCGGCGUCGGUACAAGCGAUGAACAAGGCGGUGAUGGAGGUAGCAUGGACAGACAAGGUAGUUGGUCAGAAGAAGAUUAUAGAAAAGAAGCAUAUCGUCAAAAAGGUAGAGACGUAGUUGGAUCUUCAGGUACUUUUAGAAACGCUUAUGAAGAUCAAGAUAAUAUCAAUGAUCUACCACCGCCAUUUGAAUCGCAUCAAUCAUCAUCAAACGGUCAAGCAGGUCCUUCUUCAUCAUCGUCAACGAUUACACCCGGUCCAAGCAGAACAGGCGAAUUACCCAGCUUUCUUGAAUCGGAAGAACAAGCUAGAACAGGCGAAAUACCAAUUCUGAAUGGAACUGUCAAAUCAGAGAGAUUGGUUCCGGUGAAUUUCGAAAGAGAUUCUGCAGUAGUUGAACAGCAGGAAGAAACACCCGAAUUCGACAGGAAUAAUUGGGUAGGUAGAAGAGGUAGCUUAGGUGGUGAAUUAGGUACCUGGGUCGAGUACGACGGCUACGAAACAUUCUCUGUCGCACCACCGUCCAUGGACGCUUCGUAUGGCGCAGGAGGAUCGAUGGACCCACCACAAGAAGGAGAUGACAGCAGCGUAAAUCUAGUAGGAGGGAUGGUAGCCAGAUUAGGGCUUGAGGGCGAAGGUGUCGGAAUGCAAGGACUAGAGUUGAUGGAACAUCUUGGAUUGGGUGAGGGAACUAGGAUAGUCGAUUUACAGGAUGAUCUCCCACCUGGAAUAGACGAACCUUCGUUACCUGCAUUACCAGAUUUUCAUUCGCAUUCACAUUCACUCUCACAAUCGCCGCCACCUAUCCAUGCAGAUUAUACAUCUCCACCUCCAGCACCUCAUGAUCCACUUCCACACGCACAUGAUCCACCUUCUUUCGAUGCUAGUCAAGCUGCCAAUGCAGUCGGAGGAGUCGCCACUUCCCACAUUAGACCUAGAACUUCAGGAUCAAUCUCUUCCACCACCAUGGGCGUGACCGCAGGUGUGAAUGGAUUGGCAGGAGGAGGUAGAAGAUCAAGUAGUAGACAUAACAUAGAUGAUGCCGUAGGCGUGAGUCUAGAUAACGUUACGGUCCUUCAAGGUGAAGCUCCUCCGGGAUAUGAACGAGCAGGCGCAGAAGCUGGAUUACCUCCUUAUAGCUAA